AUGGCGAAGCGACUUGAUGCGAAAGCGCGGCUUCUAUGGCGCAGCGACUUGGUCCUCAUCGACGGCACGCGCUUGCCUGGGAUCGCCAUCGUCUCUUACGCCAACCCGUUCGUCGCAGGCAGCACAAAUAACGAUGCUCAGAGCAACAUUCACGAGGCGGAAGCCGAUCUGUGCUUGGCGCUCGAGAUGCUGCGAAACCAACCACUGCGCAUUUCCGCCGUAUCAACCGAUCGAGGGUCCUCGCCAAUAGUCGGCACGACAAAUCACAAGCAGACACAUUGGGUGGCUAGUGGAGAGGUUCGGGUGUACAUCGAUCCUCGUGAAUCGGCGACAUGGAGCUUCUUUCAGCGUAUCUUCUGUUUCGACGCCGACUUUGUGCAGGAUGCGGGUCAACGACGGUCCGCACACAUGGUCACCGUCUCGCUUCAGCCCUCGCUACUGGCAGAAGGGGACAAUGCUGCCGCUUCGGAUCCAUUCACUUUUUCCGCCGCUGGUCACACGGAGUAUGCUAUCUUUGCUCAGCCAGCAUCUGAUGCGGAGCUGUCUUCCGGUUCCACACCAGUGCGACUGGUGUUGGGCCGAAGAGUGACGGUUCAGGCGCGGAGAGCCGAUGCAGGCAUCGCAGCAAAGGAGCUCAGCAGAUCGCGCAGCUUUCAUCGACAGCCAAGCGUCGGAUCGCAGACGCUGCACGAUGUGUUCAGCCAGGCGGGGCUAUCUCUUCCGCAUUUUGGUGGUGUCGCAGCGAGAUCGACGAGCACCGUCCCGCGUCCAGAUGACCCGCUUCCCCGCGGGUCUAUCUCGGCACUGCUCCAGGCAAGGUCGAAACGCAAACCGAGUCAUACCCAACGUCACACGGCAGCAACCCCUAUCAGAGACUCGAGCGCAGCAGCGCUCCCGGCUGUCAACGCACACACACCAGGUCGACGCGGCGAGAAGCGACACGGCAGCAGCUCCGACCGUAAAGUCGCUGGCAGUCCACGCCUCGACAACCACCUCAAGAGCGAAUCCCUGGACAGCAGCGCGUUCGCGCCGACAAGAGCGAUCAAGCACCGUUCAGACCGCAUCCUGUCCGACCUGCCCCGUCUCAAUCUGGGCAAGCAGCCAACACGAGCCCUGCUCCGGCCACCGCACGACACCGGUAAUGAUCUGCUCGAUGUGAAACCCGUCAAAGUGGAGUCCGUCUCGCCAGAGCCUUUUCUCACCGAUACAAAGCCGGCAUCCAAUUCACCGACUAGCGCCGCCGACGACACCGCAUCCAUCGAGAAGCUCAACCGCAAUACGAUCAAGAAACUCGUCCAUACCCUCCUCGUUCGCGAACACAACCUCUCCAAAUCGCAUCCAGAUUACAUCGCAUCCUACAAUCAGACAUGCUCAGGCACCUGGUGCACAUUCCGCAACCUCGCCUCCAUCCAACCGCUCGCAAAAGACGCAGUCGAAACCGUUGUUCGCAUUCAUCUAUCUUUGUAUUUGUACUCCAGUCAUUCCUAA